UUUGAGGUUUUUGUCCUUGUCUGCGUUGCACAUACACACAAUAGGAUUAUACUAACAUCCCUCGAGUUUCACUAAAUUAAAUGGCCAAUCAUUCAUUGAACAUAAUUUUUUUUUGGUGGUAUUCAGUAAUAAUAAACAAAAUAAAAGAAAGAGACAGGAAACCAACAAUCCAAUUAUAGACAGAAAAAAAGCAACAAGAAGUGAGCCAUAGAAAAAAGUUUACAGGAAAGAUAAAAAAUUGUAGGAAUGACUCAGUGCUAGGCCAGUUGAAAGACUUCCCCAUAGCAUCUUGAACUUCAUGUUUGGAAGCAUUAAAAGAAUUUAAUAAAUGCUGAAAGUUCCCAUCACUUGUUUCUUUUUCAUGACUGAGCAAUCAGGGCUUUCCUCACACUUUUAAAGGAAGCACUUCCCCUCUUUCCCUUCACAAAGCUCACAUAACCAUAACCACAAGCAAUAGGAGAGAGAGAGAGAGAGAGAGAGAGAGAGAGCUGAAAUGGCUGCAAGUCUUCAUUCAUCUGAUCCUGCAGAAGAAGGCUACAUUGACAUAGAAGUCAGUUCACACGCGAAUUUGUUCUGCCACUUCCAAAGUUCUCCUCCACACCCCCUAGAAUUUGAGUUCCAAAUGUUUUCAAGCUCCUCAGAGAGAGAUACCACCACCUCCCCAGCUGAUGAACUCUUUUACAAAGGAAAGCUACUCCCCCUUCACCUCCCUCCCCGUUUGCAAAUGGUAGAGAAACUCCUACAGCACUCCAACUCUUAUGACUACAAGCCAGACACCCCCAACGAAUUUUUUAGCACUCCUUUAACCACAAACACUAACACCACCCCUACCACACUUACCUCAUUUGAUUCCUGUAAUAUAUCACCCUCAGAAUCUUGCCAGGUUAGCAGAGAACUGAAUCCCGAUGAGUAUUUCUUUGAGUAUUCAACAGUAUCAAGCGGUUCCAUUGGCAAAAACCCGAAAGGGUCCUGGACCAGAAAGCUUAAUCUGGUCAAGCACUCCUCAAUUGGUUCAAAGCUGACGGCCUCCGGCAUUUAUCUGAAGUCAUUGUUCAGAAAAUCUGGCUGCUCAGCUGAAUCAUGCACAAUAUCUUCAAGAAGGAAUGAGGAAGGAUCAAUUCCAAAGGUCAAAGAAUAUGUAAACAAGUAUGUGAAGGUAGCAAAGAAGACCCCAUUUGGACAAAUUCAAAGAGCUGGACACCCAAUGUCCAUGCGGAACUUUAACAAAGAAAAGAUUGCUGAGGAUGACCUUCAUAAUUAUAAGAGCUCAUUCUCAGACGCUAUCAAACGCCUUUCGACCACUAAGUCUUCAUCUUCAUCAUCUUCACCUGUCUCUUCUUCAUCUUCCAGCACAAGUAAUUCAAAUGGCUCACAAGAGUUGCAUUUCAACAAAACUUGCAGUGGAAUUUCAGAGAUUGAGAAUCCAAUUCAGGCUGCAAUUGCUCAUUGUAAAAGAGCUCAGCAGCAGUUGUAUUCACGAAAGACUAUACCACCAGAGAACCUCCAGCAAGCAACCACCAUUUAUCUGCAUGCUCUUCUAGUUGAAUAUGCACUUCAAAAUUCCAACAGUCCUCCCAGCAACGGGACAAAUCUUUCACUUAGUGAGAAGUGA